AUGCAUCUGCUCCGAGCCUUUCAGUUGAGCCAGAGACUUGAGAAAAAGCAUUGGUGCGAAACGAGAUUCGACCCGACCGGGUCGGUCCAGUGGGUCCUGGGUGGGAUGGCGCGGCUCAUUGGUCCUGAUGGAAACCUGGCCACAAAUGCUUUGGCAGGAGAGGAGGAUGCCUUCCGCCUGCAAGACCUACCCGAGGGCCGUCGAGACCGGAAGCGCUACAAUUGCCGCAAGGAUCCAUGGGUGGGUGAAGUCAUGGACCUCUUGGCCGAAGAGGUGUUUCUGAGAAAUGUGGAGCAGCCCUGGUACCUUGCGCCUUGCAUGGAGCAAGGCUCCUGCCAACGAGUAUGCUUCCCUGCAGAGUUUGCCACUCGCCACAAGCGCGAAAAGCAGGGAGGACAUGAAAUGCAAGGUGGUUCGUCCAACCACAAGGGCAAUGACAUGUAUGAGGAGAGCGAGAUGAACUUCGGCCUGCCGGAUUUUGCUCAGGCUGGCUUUUCGCUGGACAACACUGACGAGCUUGGCUGGCCGGACAUGAAUGUCCCCAACAAGCUAGGCUUGGUGCAAGCGAUCCACCGGAAGACCUCCAUCGAACGACUGUGCCUCAUCAAGCCCAAGCAUGAGCUCCCGCCCAAGAGCGGCCCCAAGGAGGUGCGCUCCUUGGUUCGACAGCUUCAGAAGUGUGACCAUGCCAAUGUGCUCUAUCUCCAUGAGGCAUUGGAAGACCAGUCCCACCUCUACUUCAUGUACGAACAGUAUUCUUGCGUCACAUUGCAGUCGGUCUUAGAUACGCAGUGGACCCAGGAGGACAUCGUACAGAUUGCGAGAGAGUGUGCUGCAGCCAUGGCCUUUGCUGCAAGCAUGAACUUGUUGCACCUUUCGUGGACUUUGAGCCAUGUGUUGAUCCCAGCCACACGCCGGAAGCAUCCCAUGCUCUGCAAGGUCUUCGGACUGGGCCUCAUGGGCGUUGUCAUCAAUGACACGUCGAGCUCCGAUCACCUCUGCUGGGCACCUGAAUGCAUCGAGAGGUUUCAUCGCGUAGGCCCCAACGGCUUCCUGCAGAAGGUGGAGCAGUCUAUGAAGCCUAUGUGCGACAGUUGGAGCCUGGGCACCAUCGUCUACAGCCUGGUGGUGGGGAUGGUGGAUGGGGUGGAGUUUAAGAAGUUCCUCCAGACCCGUCCCGGCCCGGGCGAGCGGAUCCGCUCGACGAGCGAGUGGAAAGGCGAGGCUCGUUGUUCCGAAUCCAAAAAGGCGGGAUCAGCCCCUGGCGCCACCUUGGCUUCCUUGAGCAUGGCAUACAUGGCCGGAAUUGUUGCAACAGAGCUGAUCGUCUUUGACUUUGGCUCACCCAAAGCAGCAUACCACUUUUACUCAGCCUCCCUUCCUUCGCUAGUGACCUUUCCUCAAUGUCUGCGGAUCGCAUGCCCGCUCAUGGGGGUGACGCUUGGGAUUGGCUUGGAAGCGAUGCGGCUGUUCCCCCGGGGUGUGCGCAAGUCUGCAGCGCUGCGCUUGGUGCUGCCGGCUGCAGGCCUUUUGCUGCUGUUUGGGCUGCUGAGCUUUGCAAGUGCCAUCAUCGCCGUGAAGGCUUUCCUCCAGGAAUUUCCAAAGCCAUGCUGGUUUUGGCUCCGGCACCGGCGCUUGGAUCAUUUGGAGGAGGAUUUUUCAUGGGUUGUGUGGCCGUGA